GAUCUUCGCCCAGUUGGCCGUGCUGAGCAGCGACUUCUCACCCAAGCUCUGCAGCAACACUGGCAUGCUAGCCUGGGCUGCUGUGACUUACCUGUGGUUGCGGCUCCGUCGUCGGUGCGGGUUCCUUGGUGUGCGGGUUGGUGAAGCCACCCACCCCGGCCCGGCGGCUCCCGGGACACCUUUGGGCGGUGAGCGGCCGCCCAUGCAGGUGGAUGCUGGGGCCUCUGAGCGCGAGCGGUCCCUGUUGCUUACCGGGCCCGAUGGCACCUCGACCUUUGCUCUGUUUGUGGUGGUUUGGUUGGUGUGCAUCCGCGCUGCCGCCCUGCAGCCCGGGCCGGAUGGGCCCAAUGCCUCGCACGUGCCCUCGGCCGGGUUAGUGCGACCAACAGUGCAGAGGCUUGGCGUGAUCUCUUCAUGCUUCCAAAAUCUGUGCUCCCCCCCCGCUCUGCGCAGUGGGCGCCGGCACCGGCUACAAGCAGCCCAGUUCACACAACGACGCUGUGCCCGGUGGCUAGCCGGGGAGAGGGAAGAGCUUUGGGAUGACCUGCCUGCGCCCCGCCUUCCGCGCAGCACAGGUGCAAGUGACGAAGACGCAGAACUAGAGGCUCGACAUGCCCGUUGCUGCCGCCUGGGAGCUGAUGGUGAGCUCUCCCGAGCAUGUGCUGCCUUGGUUUCGCCCCCGCUCCUUGACAACAGCCGGGAUGUGGUGGACCGUCUGCAAGGCAAACACCCGAAAGCAGCGCCUGCCCGACCUGCCUUGGUUGCUUUGGGGAACCCCUCCCUUGCAGCUGUCCCUGACCUUGGCGUUGAGGAUGUGGGUCGGGCCAUCCGGUCCUUCAGCCGUGGAAGUGCUGCUGGGCCGACUCUGGGCGGAUCACCUCCGCGAAGCCUUAGCUUCUGCCCAUGGGGAUGUGCAAUUGACUGCGGUCGUCCUUCUUCUCAUCCGGGGGGGAGGCACGCCCUGAGAUCGCUCCGCACUUUGCUGGGGCCACCCUUCAUGCUUUGCCCAAGGGGGGCGCCGAUGUCCGCCCGAUUGCUGUGGGGGAAACGCUUCGGCGGCUCACUGCGAAAUGCUUGUGUGCCGACGUCCGUGAACCUGCUGAAGCUUGGUUGGGCUCCUUGCAAGUUGGCGUCGGCGCCAGGCAUAGCGCCGAAGCCGUUGUCCAUGCCGCGCGUCAGUGGGUCCAACGCCAUGCUGGCCAGCGUGAGCAAGUCCUGCUCAAGAUCGACUUCAGCAACGCUUUCAACACUGUGGAUCGAGCCUCGUUGCUGCGGGAGACCCGCCUUCGGCUCCCUGGGUUGUCACCUUGGGCUGAGUGGUGCUAUGGCCACCUUUUCCACGGGGCGCCUCUCAGCUCUGAGGCUGGUGUGCAGCAAGGUGAUCCCCUUGGAGGCUGCCUGUUCGGGCCCCAGAGACCUGCAGCCUUCCUUGGUGGUCGGCUACUUGGAUGAUGUUUGCAUAGUUGGUCUUCAAGUCAACCCAGCCAAAUGUGAACUGAUUGCUUGUGGGGGAGCGGCGGCCAGCGUCGACAUGGCCCUUUUCCCGGACGGUGUUCCACUGAAUCAAUCUGGUGCCUUCGACUUACUCGGCGCACCAAUUGGCGAUGAUGUUUUCUGCAACACCUACACUCACACGGAGCGGGUUGCAAAAGCACUCCCAUUGCUUGAAGCUCUGGCCGUGCUGCCCGACCCGCAAGUCGUGCUUAUGCUGUUGCGGCAUUGCGCUGGCUAUUGCCGGCUUGUUUAUUCAACACGGACCACACCGCCCACCGGGCCGGGCCCAGCUUUCCUGGCCUUUGACACCGCAGUCCGGGACUGCCUGGAAGCAGCUUGCAGUGGGCCCUUAACAGCCGUGGCGUGGUCACAAGCUGGCUUGUCCACUCGCUCCGGAGGGUUGGGCCUCCGUCGCGUGUCUUCACACGCUGCUGCCGGCUAUGCUGCCUCCUUGUGUGCUACUACUGCGUUGUGCUCCGCUAUUGAUCCUUCAUACAAUCCUGACACGGGGGCUGCCCUUGAUGUGGUCAACGAACAGCUCCCAGCGGGUCGCCGCUUCCUGUCUCCUGUGCCAUCCACCUUGCGACAGCAACAGCUGUCCCAGGCACUCGAUCAGGUUGUGGUUGAUCAGCUGGCUGCGCCUGGUGCUGGACGUGAAUCGUUCCGGGCCCACUUUCAACUUCUACAACAACCCGGAGCAGGCGCGUGGCUACACGCCAUCCCGAACACCGCGCUUGGGCUCCAUGCACCAUGGUUCGGCUCCGCCUUCGGCUGCCUCUUGCAGAAGACGACCUGGCAUGCCCACUUUGUGAUGGUGUUGCUGACAAGUUUGGGGAUCAUGCCCGUGUUUGCCCCUCUGUCGGAGAUCGCGUGA